CAGGAGAUGCAAGCUUUUAUGUAUCUAAAUGCCAUGCCUUGAUGCUCACUUGCAGUUUGGUGAUGAUUGGAAGCCAAGGAGGACAGUAUCAUUCUGGACACGCUUAAAAGCAGCCUACAAAAAGGCGACAAAAAAUGUUUUGCUUGAGACGUUUUCUGUUUUCACCGAGGAGUUGCCAGUUUCGAAAGAGGAGCAGUGACUCAUUUUUCAGCCAGCUAAAUAAAUGCACAAAUGAAGAUCAAGUGUUUGAUCUUGUUGGAAAGAACAAAACCAAACUCUCCGAAAAACACGUGGAGACCGCUGUUGAUACACUUUGGCAGUUUCAAAAGAAGAAGCCUGAACUCCUGAGGAAUGUCAGUUAUGUAAGAGAUCACCCUCACUUCCUUAUCCUUCGCAUUUUAGCAGAAAACAAGAUUGAAUCUAUGAGUAAUGAAGCGUUAGUGAAAAUGCUCUACAAUUUUCUUAGGUUCAACGUUGAUGCCCACGAUUCCCUGGUAGAAGAGAUUGUCGUGGAAAGCUGGAGAAGAUUGGACAGUUUGAACAUGCCAGAGCUAUCUAGAUUUUCGUUGUGUCUGUAUGAGCAACAGAUGUUCUAUAGUCCUCUCAUGGGCCAGAUAGCUGAGAUUGUGAAUAAGAAUUUGGCUUCCAUACAGGACGCAAGGGUUUUAUCAGUUUUGAUGAUCAGCAUAUCUGGUGUUAUCUCGCAGAGUUUUCGAGAUCGGUUGAUACAGAAGGCAGAGUUUCUUUUGGAUACGGUGGAUCCCACCCCCUUGAACCAUGCCAGGAGAUUUGUACAUUUUCUACGGAAUGUAAAAUUCUGUCAUCGUCCUUUGCUACACAAGUGUAAUAAGGUUUUUCUUCAGAAUGUGAAUCAAUUGGAUUUGGACAGCCUGGGUAUCAUCCUUGGAUUCUACCAGCUCUUACAGUUUAACAACACAGAAUUUCGAUUGGCUGCGAAAGAAAAAUUGACAGAAAUGAUGGACGACUGUACCAGUACUUUGAGGUUCACUCGUCUAUUUGCUGCUCUCGCUCCUAUGGCAGGACCAGAAGUCAGAGAACAGUUAAUUGAAACUUCUCUGCUGAUGGCAGAUGAAUUUGACCAUCUCCAAGCGUUGUGCAUGAUAGAAGCCAUGCAAGAAAUGGCAUGCAGAAGUUCACAGCUGAUUCAAAAGAUUUCUUCUGUCCUCCUCAAAUACUUGGAUCUCUACAAUCCAGCAGAGUUGACCAGGAUAACGCAGUCCCUGAUCAUGCUCCGUUGCCCUAAUCCUGACCUUUACACCAAAUUACAAAUACAGCUAAUCAACCACUUAAAAGCUAGCAUCAUACCUGCAGAAAUCUCCAUGCUCAUUCGUACCCUUUCCGUGCUCCAUUCUUCUUUCAUGGAUGAAGUCGUAGUUAGUCGAAUCGAUGCCAUCUUGCCCCAGUGCAGGUUGAGUGAUUUGAGCUCCUUUGCGGCAGCUAUUAUAAAAUGGGUCCGACGGGACAAGUCCACUCGGCAAAGCCCUUCUGGGCUGUACGGGAUGCUUCUGCAAAAAGUCAAUAGCUGCGCCCAUCAGAGGAUAGAGAAAGCCAAUGAUCUGGAUCUUCUGUUAGAGGAAAUGAAGUAUGCAUCUGGGGAAUGGUUUGAAGAAGUGCUUCUUGAAGAUGCCAUUGCCGCUUUUCAGCGCUUGAAGGACCAAAUCACGUGGACAAAUGUAGUGGAGUUUUCAUCCUUUCUCACCAGAACCUCCUAUCUCUGUCCUCCAUUACUUGAUAGAAUUGCUGCUGUUAUUCUUCAGCAUUCUGAUAAGAUUUACAGUUCAGGGACUUAUUCUCUUCUCCUUCCCUUUGCAAGUCUGAAUUAUGACCCUCCCCAAAGCGAGGAGUUUUUUAACACAUGCAUUGGACAUCUCAGCUGUCAUUUGGGCCGUUUUGAGCCCCAUCUCCUCGUGCUCCUGGCUUUUGCUUUGGCUCUUGCUGAGUAUUUUCCAGAGAAUUUGGUAACGGCAAUAUUUAAUGUGGAGUUCCUCGCCAAACUGGAUGCCCAGCUUGCAAUACUUCCAGAUACCUUAAACAGGAGGGUCCGCUUACGACUGAUGGAACUGAACCGCGCUGUGUGUCUGGAGUGCCCGGAGUUUCAAGUUCCGUGGUUUCACGAGCGCUAUUGUCAGCAACUGCAGCAAAAAAGUGGUGGAAUCCUUGGUGCAUUGCACCAGCAGAUCUACAGACUGCUGGGAGAAAUCUUGGGAGGAAGCCAUUUUGCCAAAACAUCUGCUCUCACCCCCUACUAUUAUGGAAUAGACUUUGAAUGUAUUCUUGAUAGAAACAAGAAGCCGCUUCCUUACGUAGAACAGAGUGUGGUCAUGGCUGAGCUGGAGACCGUGCACUGGGGUCAAGAUGGCCAGUUCGUGGGAAGGAAAGGGCUGCCACUGGGAGCUCAGAGGAUUGCUGUAGAAUUUCUGGAUUCAAAAGACUUUUGCAAAAACUCAGAACACCCCAAAGGAGAAGUUGUUAUGAAGAAGAGACACUUGGAGAUUCUGGGAUAUCGGGUUGUCCAGAUCCCUCAUUUUGAAUGGAAUUCCAUGGAACUCUCGUCAAAGGAUGCAUGGAUCGAGUAUUUAAAAAAGAAAAUAUUUGAGGAAGUUUGAUGUCAUGCUGACGAGACGCAAAAUCAUGGCUCUAUUUUACACGGACUACACAAAAUCGCGAAGCUAUUUUAUAUAGACUUUUAUUAUGGAACAAUAAAUCUUUGCAACCCUGUGCCAGUUUUGUUGAAAUAUCUUUGUGUAACUGAGAACCUAGUUCAUACGGCCUGAAAGCAUUCAAGGGCUUUCGAAGUACACAAGCCUGCCUAGGCAUCUGCUGCCCAUUUGCCUUCUGUAUUGCAAUACGCAUCUGAGUCCUCUUCAAGAUUGCUGGACGUGUCUUCUGCGGAGUAGGGGAAUGCUUAUCUCCAUCCAGCAUCUCUAGUUGUGCAUUACCGGAGCUAUUCUGCUGGUCUUGUUUCUGGAUUAUCUCACAGGAGUCUGGGCACAGAAAUAGAAAAGGGGUGGUGAUGGGCUGCAAGGUUUGUUUGUUUUUUUGAAAAAGAGGUGCCAGGAAUUAAGCUUUCAAUC